AUGGGGAAUAACAACGCGGGGUGCACAUUCUGCACCGGCGCGGAAGGCAACGCCGUUGAGGUUCAGGGCAAGUUCCCAAGUGACGGCAAGCUCGAGAAGCGCGGCCCACACCAGUUUGAAAAUGGGGCUACCUACACUGGUGAGUGGAUGGGCAACUCCCGCCAUGGUCAAGGAGAGCAGGUUUGGCCUGAUGGUGCCAAGUACACAGGAAGCUGGGAAAAUGACAAAGCACAUGGCAAGGGACGCUUCGAGCACGUUGAUGGAGAUGUGUAUGAGGGCGAGUGGAAGUCUGACAAAGCUCAUGGGUAUGGAGUGUACCACCAUGCCGACGGUUCCCGCUAUGAGGGCAACUGGGCUGAUGACAAGCAACACGGGAAUGGCAAGGAAAUCUGGCCUGACGGUGCAAAGUAUGUGGGCGAGUACGAGGCAGGGAGGAAGAGCGGCAAAGGACACUUUUCUUGGUCGGAUGGCUCCAAGUACGAGGGAGAAUUCGUUGACAACGACAUCAACGGUGUUGGGGUGUACCAGUGGGGUGAUGGCAGAAAGUUCGAAGGGCAGUGGGUGAAGAACAGAAUGCAUGGUCAUGGGCACUUCACCUGGGUUGAUGGCCGCUCAUACGAAGGGGAGUACAAAAACGACCAGAAGGAUGGGGAGGGAACGUUCAACUGGCCUGAUGGACGAAAGUACAAAGGUCAGUGGAAGGAAGGCAAACAGCACGGUGUUGGAACUUACGUUACUGCAUCCGGUGAGGAGCGCAAAGGUGAGUGGCAAGACGGCCGCCGUGUUCGAUGGCUGGAUACCGAGGCAAAUGCAGCCUAA